GGAUUUGAUUUACUUGUAGGUCCGGCGGGUUUUACUGAUCUCAAGCUAUAAGGUUUUAUUUACACGUUCUGCAUGAUUCAGAAAAUGAGUUAUUUAUUCUUAUUUUUGUCUGGUUGGAUAUAAUUUCCUGUUUUCCAAUGUAUUAGCUACUCAUUCUCAUGCCUACUCCACAUUUAUCAAGAGCAACAUCAGGACCGUCUUCUGGCUAUGCCGUAGGUGAUGAGAUUUGUGAUACUUCAUGUCCGAUUGAUUGGGAUACAAAUGUAGUAAAUUUUAUAUCAACUUGCUUGCAUCCUGGUCUAGUUCGACGAACUUCAUCUAGUGCAACGUAUGGCUUUGAUAAACCGAAUCAUUUUAGACGUCAGCAUCGCCGAAAUUUAUCUACAGCUACAACAGUUGGAUUCGGUCGUUAUCCUGAUAAUCAAAUUACAAGUGGUCGAGUUCCAUAUGCUAAUGUUUUCAAUCAUCCAAAUGAUUAUCAAGCCCCUCCACCAUAUUAUUCUAAACGUAUUUUAGGCCAUGCUCGCAAUAUCAGCGAUCCUACAUCUGGUUGGGAUUUCCGUAUUGUCACAAAACCUCUUAUUCUUGACCAGUUAACUGAAAGACCAUCUUAUAAUUGGGAUGGUUCUGCCGAACAAAAUCUUGUGGUGUCAGGUGAAUAUAAGAUUCCGAAUACUUCAUUCAUUCCUGAAAAUAAACCCGAAGCUUAUCCUUGUCUAACACCUCCACGUUCAUCUAAUGAUAUUACAUUAGAAAAUUCGUUUAUAUGUGCGCGUGAUGCAGAAACUCAUGAGACAACUACAACUGCAGAAGAUAAUACUUCUUGUUUAUGCCCUUGUCUACAAACCUGUGCUAAUCCACGUGUUGUAUUAAUCGGAUUAUGUUUAACUAUGUUUAUGCAAACUAUGGUUGUAUCUGGUCUGAUGAGUAGUAUGUUUACUACAUUGGAAAGAAGAUUUAAUUUAACUAGUCGACAAAUUGGCUCUAUGAUAAGUUGUUAUGAAGUAGCCGGUGUCAUAACCACAGUGAUUGUUAGCUUUAUUAGCGGUCAGAAACAUAAUCGAUUACGUGUUAUUGGUUUGGCGACAUUGAUCCUGGCUCUUGGAUUUGGAUUAUUUGCAUUGCCUCACUUUUUAGCUGGUCCCUACAGACCAAACUUACCAACUACUCCUGAUGGUAAUACUGCUACUAGUAUUAGUACUGAAGAUAUCAUCCAUUCCUCUCUGUCGUCUUUUCCUCUUAAUCAAGACUUAGAAAAUUCAAUUCAGUUGGAUGGACCACUAUGUGUCGAUCAAUCGCGCAAUACCUUUCCUAAGAAUGUUAUUUCCAAUUCACUUAAUAAUCAAACUAGUGUCGGUGACACAAUUAUUCGUGCUGCCCCACUCACUGCUGCUGAUAAUUUUAAUAGUAAUGAUAUUAAUGAAUCAUCAAGCACAGGAUUUAUGGGAAGUGGUGACAUUGUUCAGUCUGUUCUCUUUCCAACUUUUUGUUUUGCAAUGCUGCUAGCCGGGAUCGGGGCUAGUCCUUUGUAUGUCUUAGCUCCAACUUACUUAUGGGAUAACUUAACAGAUAGACAAUAUCCAAUAUAUGCAGCUUUAUUCUACAGCGCUGGUGGAUUAGGUCCUGCUUGUGGAUUUCUUGCUGGUGCUGGUUUCUUAAGUAUUUACAUUGAUUCACCAUUUAUGUUGCCUGAAACUGGCUUAGACCGUAACAGUCCAUUAUGGCUUGGUGCUUGGUGGCUUGCAUUACCUGUGAUAUGUUUUCCUAAACAACUUGCAGUUAUUAAAAAAAGUGAUAGCAAUACAAUUCCAAACGAUGAGACCGAAGAUCUGGAUAAAAUCUGUUCCCCUACAAUCCAAUCUAAUAAUCAUAAUAUUUCCAAUCUUAAUACAAAUAACAAUAAAGUGAAUUUAUCUUACGUAAAAUCGUCCGAUAAUUUGCCUAAUAUAAACAAACAAUCUGGACAACCAUCACUAAGCACAACCACAACAGCCGUUUCAGCUGCUGCUGUCGCAGGUGUUGAAACAUUAACAUCAAAUCAUUUGCUCAAUACACUAUCACCGGAUAGUCGCAGUGUUCAGUAUCCAAGUCUAGAAGAAUUUAAACAACAGCAACGAUUGCCUGAAAUGAAACGAAAUCAUGCUGAUUCACUUAAGACAUCUCCUUAUUCUCCCACUACCAUUACUCCUAAUUCUCUUUAUGCACAGUCUCCAUCUAUCAAGGAUGCUGUAAUUAGUGGUGAUGGGACAAUUGUUAGCCCUUCAAAUCAACACUUUCGUUCACAUUCAAAUAUUGGUGGUGGUCAUCUUGAUUCUCUUGACGGUAAUACUGUCGAAGUUGUUAAUAAUGGUAUAGCUGGUUGUGGAGAUCAAUCUGACAAUUUGGGAAAAUGCAUGAAAACAUCCUUAAAUAAUUCAUUUAGUGAAAACCAAGCUAAUCUUAAGUCAAAAAUAAAAGCUUCAUAUCAUAUCGUACGUCGUGUACUAACUAAUCCUGUCUGGUUAGGUGUAACAUUGAGUACUGUUGUGGAACAAUCGAUUGUUGCUGCGUUUUUAGCAUUUGCUGCAAAAUACAUUCAAAUUUUAUUUCAUAUACCAGCUUAUUUGGCUAGUAUUCAUACUGGUGCUGUGAUAGUUCCAAGUUCAUUAUUAGGUGUUCUGUCUGGUGCUUUACUAAUGCGUCAUUUUCGACCUACAUUACAUCGUACCUUAUCUGGUUUAUGUAUUAUGAUUUCAUUGACUGUUAUAACGAGUAUUAGUCUAAUGUCAAUUGGUUGUCAAUCUAGUCGAGUAGCAGGUAUAACAGCUACAUAUAACGGAGAAAAUUGGCCUUGGAAAAAUGGUCCAGGUUUUUUAAUACCAUCUAAUUUAACAGCACCAUGUAAUCAAUUUUGUUAUUCAUCUAAUAAUCGAAUAAAAAAGUUUGAUAAUCGUCAUUAUACACAUUACACUGAAUCACAAUGUUCAGUAAAUCAUUAUAAUCCAGUGUGUUGGACCGCUACCUCUUCUUCUUCUUCUUCUUCUUUCUCUACUACUACUACUACUACUACUACUAAUAGUGAUAGUAGUAUCAAAAAGAAGACAAAUAAUCAAAUAACUUGUACUAGUAGUGAUAUUAUUAAUGGUGAUAAUAAUCUUGGUAGUCCAAAUGACAAUAUUGAUGACUGUGAUAGGAAAUCAUUGACAUUUUUCAAUCCUUGUUUUGCCGGAUGCAGAACACGUGUUUUAGAAGCUGGAGUUGUAAAGAAAUAUUCUGAUUGUCAAUGUGUAACCCCAUCUACACUUAAUCCAUCUGGUUCGAUCUCAUCAAUACCAAUGUCAUUAUCAUCGUCAAUGAGAAUAAAUAAUGAAUUCUUAUUAGCAAAUAAUUCUGGUGAAGUUUAUCCUGGUCGAUGUAAACCUAAGUGUACUUUGUAUGGUUUAUUUCUAGCUAUGUUAUUCUUACAUAUUCUUUGUACUGGUAUGUUACAAAAUCCAAGUAAUGUAAUCACAUUGAGUUGUGUCUCAUCAGAAGAUAGUUCUGUUGCACUUGGAUUACAGAUUUUCUUUGUCAGAACAUUAGCAUAUAUUCCGGCACCGAUGUAUUUCGGCCAACUAUUCGAUUUAGCUUGUCAAUAUCGUUCAAAUCCUAUAGAUCACUAUUCAUCCAGUCCAAUAAAUAAUAAUGAAUCGUUAUUAAUGAAUACAAAUGUAUUAACAUCAUUAUCAAAUUCAUCCAUAUUCUCAUCGUCUUCGUCUUUUUCACCACCAUCAUCAUCUCCACUGUCAUCAAUCUACUCGUCGUCUUCUACAACCACUGCUACUACAAUGUCUUUAGAUCAAAAGUAUUCUACAACAGCUGGUGGAUGUUUAGAGUAUAAUUUAGAAGGUUUACCAUUUAUUUGGCUUGGUACUGUAUGUGUAUUGAAAAUAAUUAGUUUGAUUGGAUCCACAAUUACUUGGUGGUUAGCUAAACGUCAAUUCGAUUUAAUGACAAAACACAAAGAAAAACAACAAAAUAUCGAAGGUGAAGAAACAAAGAAGGAAAUGGAACUCGCAUUACAUCAGACAAUUACCUCUGAUCCAACUAACAUCAAUAAUAAUAAUAAUAAUAAUAAUAAUAAUAAUAAUAAUAAUAAUAAUAAUAAUAAUAAUGCAUUUGAAUUGAUCGAUUCAACGUCGAAUGGUCAUCAAAUACAAAUUGUAUAAUUAAAUAAUAAUCAUCAUCGUCAUCAAGGUCCAGUAUGAUCUCACAUGUAUGUGUCUUUGUAUGUUUUUUUGUUGUUUUAAAAAAAAAAAAAGAAAAUUUUACUCAACCUUUUAUUUGCUUGUGGUUUGUCUCUUUUCCGGGUUUCAUUUACUUCGCUUUUCUCUCUACAUUAUGUCAUGGUAUAUGAAUGUAGUGGGAUUUCUUAAGAGAACUAAUAAAGAUUUUCACUAACUUUGAAGAAGAAGAAAAAAGAACAUACAAACUUUUUCUCUUCAUGUACAUAAUUCACUUGAAAAACUUCUUGGAUUUCCUCUCUCUCUCUCUCUCUCUCUCUCUCUCUCUCUCUCUCUCUCUCUCUCUCUCUUUUGAAUCGUGGAACAGUGGUGGCUCACUGGUUAUUUUUAAUACAUUCAACUUUUAUUCACUAAGUCACACCUUCACACUACUUAAUUCCAUCUAAACAACUGAGUAGUAGUAGUGUUAUUAACCUUCUUUUCCUAGUUACAUUAUAACUUGUUAUAAUCUCAUGUAAAGUAUAAUAGGAAUAAAAUUGAAACUUUGAAUUUUCAUAUUUAUAGAAUAAGCACUAAAACAUUGAUUAUGUUUGUUUAUCAUCUAUAUUAUCUCUUGUGUUAUCUAGAUUUGAUUCAUUAAAAAAAAAGAAAGUCUUAUCAUUUGUUAUUGUAUAAUAGUUCCUCGAUUAUUUUUCCUCAGUUAUUUUCUUUGUCUUCUUUACAAUCACCAUCGUGAAUUGUGAUUGUUAAGAUGAGGUAGGUAGGUGGGGGUGGGUGGUUGCUUGGUUGGUUAUAUAUUGGUGUAUUUUUUUGUCACUUUAAAUGUUGUCAUUAUUGCAUUUUUCUUUUCGUUUAAUGUUCACUAUGUAGUUAGUUCUACAAAGUGAAUUCAUCCACUUUACUCUAUUACAUUUAAUAUUAUCUUGUGUAGUUUCUUUUCAUUUAAAUGUACUACAUGUUGCUAUGACCUUUUAAAGUGUGUAUACAUGUGUGUUCAUUGACAUUUCUAAUAGCCGGUGAUCAUAAUUGUUGUCUACUAUAUUAGGCAUAUUUCCUUUUUGUAUUAUGUGUGUGUUUUCUCAUAUUUCUAUAUGGAUUUCUUCUUGUAUAGUCUCUUUGUAUGCUUAUUUUCGAAGCGAAUACAUGUGUUCUUUCUUAACAAUAAUAAUGAUUAUAGAUUACUAACAUCAUUUACAUUGAAUUACAAUUUAAUGAUCUAA